AGGUGCAAGUAAUGAGUCUCGUUUUCUCUUAUCCUCAGAUUCUGUGUUAAAGGGAAGAAGAAGAAGAAGAAGAAACACAAGCAGAAAAUAAGGCUUGAUAAAUAAUUAAAGAAACAACAAAAUGUCAUUCACUGGAACUCUCGAUAAAUGCAAGGCUUGUGACAAGACUGUUUAUGUGGUUGAUUUGUUAACUCUUGAAGGUAUACCUUACCAUAAAAGUUGCUUGAAAUGCACUCACUGCAAGGGAAAUCUUACGAUGAGUACUUACUCCUCAAUGGAUGGUGUCCUCUAUUGCAAGCCCCAUUUUGAACAACUUUUCAAGGAAUCUGGAAAUUUCAGCAAGAACUUUCAAGCAAAGUCUUCUGAGAAGAUAAAUGAGUUGAUGAACAGGACACCCAGCAGACUCUCCUCUAUGUUCAGUGGAACUCUAGACAAAUGUGCAGUUUGCACAAAAACUGUUUAUCCUUUGGAAAAGAUGUCAUUGGAAGGGGAAUGUUACCACAAGAAUUGCUUUAGGUGUGCUCAUGGAGGUUGCCACCUUACACAUUCUUCCUAUGCUGCACUAGAUGGUGUCCUCUAUUGCAAGCAUCAUUUUCAACAGCUUUUCAUGGAGAAAGGAAACUACAAUCAUGUGCUUCAAGCUGCUGCAAACAAAAAGAAUUCCACUCCACCACCUGAACCGGCUGAUGAGGAAGAACCAUCAAAACCAGAAGAAACUGAGGCACAGGCAGAAGAAAAGUCUGAAACAGCAGAAACAUGA